CGUAGGGCAGAGCGUUAAGAACUCUGAGACAAAUAUGAGCAAUCAAGACGUGGUUGUUUUGAAUGUGGGAGGCAUGACAUUUACAACAUGGGCUUCUACCCUGCAGCAGUUCCCAGAGUCUAGGUUAGCACGGAUGUUGAAUGGCAGUGACCAUGAUUUCAGACUGAUGAAUGGGCAGUUCUUUGUGGAUAGAGAUGGAGUUCUGUUUAGUUACAUCUUGGACUUCUUGAGGACUCUUCAGCUGUCACUGCCCACUAACUUCUCCGACUAUCAGAGGCUACAAAGAGAAGCAGAUUUCUAUGAACUCAACUCCUUGGCUGAAAUCCUGAGCCAGGAAAACUUGCUAAAGCCAAGACUAGAGAUGUUGGAAGUUCGCUUCUUGCUCCAGGAAACUCAGGCUUUUAUACGGAUCUUUGGUUCUUGCAGCAGCACUAUUGAAGAACUGGCUGGGCGGAUCAUUAUGUUUACAGAGCAGCAAUUGGGACAGGGCUGGCACAAUAACUCUUUCCCUCCCCAGAGGUCCCUAAAUCCAGUUCCUCUGGAAAGACCUUCUCAUCAUGACCUGGUUUUUCAGUGUGGCACAGACUACUCUGUUGCUGACCAGCUUGUGACAAGGUAUGUUUCCAUAAAACCUGAUGCUAGGAAGCUGAUUAACGGAACUAAUGUAUUAGGCCUGCUUGUUGACACUUUGCUUAAAGACGGAUUUCAUCUGUCCCAAAUAAAUGAUGAUGUUGCACCAGAGAGCCCAGCCCACAGGCCAUAGGUUGCUGACCCCUGCCGUAGAUAAUGCGACUGCACAAAUAAAAGAAAUGGUCUGCAAUCAGUUGAAGUAUCAACAUGAUUUCUAGGUCAGAAAGAAAUUACAAGGUGCAACAAGAUCUGGGUAUUAACAAAGCUUGUGCAUGGAACAACAACAACAACAAAUCAAGGUUCUCUGGUUUUGAAGUUAAGGCUUACAAGAUCCUUUUCUAGAGGCCUAUGAGUACACUGUAUCUUAGGUAUGCAAUAAGGCAGAAACCUGCAUGUGAACACUUGUUAUCUAUACCGAUUUUCUCUGUUCGAAAGCAUGCAUACAAAAUUAAAUUCCAGGAUCAAAAGAAAUAAGCCACUUUACAAAUUCCAUAAAGUUGCCCAACGCUAGGUUUCUAUACCCUAUUUUGAAGGACUCCCCCCCCCGCCCUCCCGGCCAUAUAUAAAUACCUAAGCUAGCAUAAAAUGACCGUUCUAGAUGUGUCAUCGGCAAUCUUUUCAGGUUGCAGGCUGAAAUGAUCCCAGCUCAGGGUCAUUCCAGGUGACGGGCUAUAGAUUGCUAACCCCUGUUCUAGCGGAAAUAAUGUUCCUCUUAAAGGAACUAAGUUUCUAGGCCUUUUUUCUUUUCUUUGAAAACUAGAAAAGGCUGUUAAGAAAAAACCAAACCAAACAAUGUUUUCUGAAAGUUUUUCUAAAACCAUGCAUGGAUCCUAGAAAUGAUUUGCUGAUUCACAUGCUAUUUUGCCAAAAGAUUCCCCUCUGGCUACAGGAUAAAGAGGCAAAACUUCCAAGUAUGUGGAACUUUCCCUGAGGAAUAAGGGGAAAAGUAAACAGUUUGGGUACAAGCUUUUAGUUUUCAUUGUCUGAAAAAACAUGAUUUGGUAGAAAUGAAGACUGUAGAGCAGGGGUGGGCAAAAUGCGUCCCGUCAGGCCAUUCUAUCUGGCCCGCGGGACCCUUAAAAAGGUUAGAGAAUUAAUAUUUAUCUGUCCUGGCUGCCUGUCAUGAGGCCCUCGAUGGCUUGCCAAAACUCAGUAAGUGGCCCUCCACUAGAAAUAAUUGCCCGCCCCUGCUGCAGAGAAUUUUCAAGCUUUUCUUCUUUUCCACCUAGUGGGUGGCAAUAUAUACCAGCUCAAAUGAUCAACAGAACACAUCCACAGUACUGACUUGUUUGCCCACCUGGCUGUUUUUACUGAAAAUGGUUUCUUCAUUAGUCAAAGCAUUUCAUAUUACCUAUUUCUGUAAUAUAUAAAACCUUAAGUGAAAACUCUUCUUUUCCCAGUAAAACUCACUUGAGCAACAUCUGACUUUUUCUAGCACCCAAUGGACACAACCACACUAUGGCCACAUGCAAAUGAGUGUGGUUGUGCAGUAUGUGACACCACAGACCCUUCUGUCAUGCAACACACCGUGCAUUUAGGUAUUCUCCAUCCUGCUACUUUGCAGUGUGCAGGGGCAGGGGGAGUUUGACCCCAGGAAAUCCUGGGGUCAAAAAAAAAUUGUGGGGAAAAAAAGCAGGGUGACAUGUGGCAGUAGUCUGGUCAGUGGAGCCAUGCUCCAGCUGCUGUCCAGGUUUCUAGCUGCAGGAGUGCUGCAGCUGUAGCUUCCCUGGCCCCUAGGACCCCAAGUAAAGCUACUGGCCCCAGUCUCCCCUAUCCCACCCAGGGUAAACCGCCAUGCGCCAGAGCGUGUGGCACAAGUAGCAGCAGCACUGCUACUUGUCUGUGGGGGAAUCAAACAUCCACGCUCAUCUGGAUGUGGCCUACAAAGGAACUGGGAAUAUAACUCAGCAAGGGUCAAAUCUGACUUGGUCUUUUAAUUUGGCACUUAAUUGGAAUCCGAUCAAAAUUCUAAAAAAGCAAAGCAGACUUUCAGAAUAUUCUUCCUCCCUACCCCCAAAAUGCUAUGCAAGUGAACGAACUUGAUAUUUAUAGUCCUUCUAUAAAACAACUAAGAUGAAAUAAAAUUGGUCUUUAGCAAAGAACAUUGAAUCAAGCCCAAGAGCCAAGUCUUUUUUUGGGUGUGGCUUUUAGAGAUUCUAGGACCAGGGUAUUAGUACAAUGACAUAAGAGUCCAAGCAAAACCAGCCAGUCUGUGUUUCAUUAAUUUGUCAGACUCUAGUCCAAUGCAUUUCUUCUAUGUUCUAAAAGAAGAUGGCCUUUUUGGACCCAGCCAUCCAGAUCAGAGAUAAAUAGUGUUAUUUUUUUCUUUUAUGACCCAAUGAAAUCACACCAAUUACUUCCUUUUUAGUAAGUGCCUGAAACAUGGUAAGGCCAGACAUUAUUUGUACCUAAAUAUUUAGCAAACCAGGACAUGGGUACGGAAGCUCACUAGACCACAACAGAGGAACAAUAAUUGUCAUUUUUGCUGUUCUUGGGAAUGUAUUGUACUUGGCGCUCUUAAUUUGUCAUUUAAGCACAAAUUAAUUAGAACAUCCUAAAGUUUCAGAUGUUCUUUAGGAAGACGAUUCUUAAUUACAUUCACUUGGAUUUCCAUUCAGUGGUAGCUGUGAAUACACAGAGAAAACAGCUUAGCUGAACUACUACUGGCUUCAAAGCCUUUUUUUAUUUUGUAGUUGAACAUCUGUGGGCAGGAUAUUAGAUUCUAAAGUGUGCGUAAGACAUGAGGAUUUUUUCACAGGCUCCGUUUGAGAAGCUGCUACCCAAUACUCCUACAAUUUUCCAAGGCAGCCAAUAUUGGUUGCUAAUCCAGUAUGUAAAGGUCACCUUUGAAUCUCUAGUCUAGAGUGACCUAGGUGGAAUCCAAAUUUUUUUUUUAGUUUUGUCAACAGAAAAGAAUUUAUCAUCCCUAUGCAUUGCAAAGAACAGAGAUACCAAACAUUUCCUGCUAUUCCACAUUAGACCAGGUAUUUAAUAACAGGCUUAAAAUGAAACCUUUAACAAUUAAUCAAAAUACCAUAAAGAGUUGAUAUAUCAAAGAAAAGAAAUACAGUUUAAUACCUAAAGCAGGAGAAUAGAAAUUUAGUCCCAUUCUAGUCCCAACUCUGCCAAACAUUUAGUAAGCAUCUACAAACCUAAGAAUACAGGAAGGCCAUUAUACUUUUCCUGUUUUGACUAUUAAGAGUUGAUAUACCUUUUUUUCUUUUAAAGAAAGAAGUUAGCUAUCCAUGCUAAUCAUCUACUGUAUUUAUUCAAAGAGAUGACAGUGUGUCCCCCACCCCACAAUUGGCUCCAUAGGAAAAUGGCACUGGGCUGGAGAUACUGCAGUACCAGGUCAGCACUGGAAGGGCCAGCUUUGACACCCCUACAUUUGAUCUUGAUGGAUACCACAAAGAUAGGUUAGUGCAGCUCAUCUGAAUAAGACACAUGCUACUGCCCAUUAAGUGCAAUCCACCUCACUGUUGGCACUUUUUCCAAGUCAUGGUGAGCUACAACCAACUGCAUACAGUUCACUCAGAAUCCCUCUGUUGCACCCUCUCAGCCUGGGGCAUUAUAUAUGAUUAAUGUGGUCCACCCUCCACAUGGCGAAGCCAGACUAGGUUGCCCUGUGCCUUAUCUGCACAUCAAUUUUUGAAGCAUCCCAUGACUUAUGACUGGAACCAAGUGUUCUUGUCAUAAGUGAAGGGUAAUUAGCACAUGGGCCCUUUGUGGAUGUGUGGCGGGGAGGGGAAGAAGGUCUAUCUGGAGUAUAUACGCAUACUGAGCAGUACUGAGCUAUGGGAUAACCAUGGAGGGCAGGGCCACCCUAAUCUUAUGUGCCAGACAGAGAGGGCACAACUGAGGGAUUCUGGGUGAACUGUAUGCAAUGCCAUAGGGCCCAGCUCAAUGAACUAAGAUAAAUCAUAAACUGUUUGGGCUUUGGACUAAUACCAUGCAUAGUUAAUGCUAGAUAUAAGUAGUGUUGCUCAAAACUGUGUUUGUGAAACUUUUGCCAAAACUUCCAGCAGUUUCAAAAAAAGGUUACAUGCAUCAAUUCUGGAUGAGCCAAGUGCAUAGGUGCUAUAUGAAAAUUGCUAUAGCUCUGUUUAAAUUUCAAGGUUAUUGUUUUCAAAGUUGUUCCGCACUUCCACAAGCUCUGGGACAGCAGGGUCUGACAGUAAGGAGGAGAAAGGGCUACCAAGGAAAAAGGUGGAUGCAAGCACAGAGCAAACGGCUACCUGAUCCCCCAUAUUUCUUCUCUCUGUUGUAGCAGGGAAAGGGACAAAUUCAAGGCAAACCUCUAAUAAUUAAGACACUAUACCUGGAAAAUCAUUACAAAUGUAUACAUUUUCCAUAUAUAGACUCUAAUUAUUGGGGCGGGGGGUCGUCUUAUAAGUCAGUCAUCUAUUUGCUUAAUACCAUAUUUGAGUAAAUACUCUAUUAAGCAAAUAGCAGUUUUCUUCUUGGAGGAGCUUCCUUACUCCUAAGCUAUACAAAGUGGUUCUCUGACUCAACUGAAUUGUAUAUCAUGUUUCACGCAUCAGAAAGGGUGUAUGUACGAGGGAAAGGAGAGAAUCACUUUCACAUGUGCAAAAUGAGAAUAGUAUUUACCGACCUCAAGGGUACUGUAGAGGUAAACUGAUUCUAUUAGUAAUUUACUCUAACAGUUCAAAAUGUCAUCAUUUAUUAAACAAGACUUGGAAAAAAAAGACAAAUUUUCAAAAACAGAUAAUUCUGCCCCCAAGUUAAUAGCAGGAAGCCCAUUUUGAGUCAGACUAGGAAUGAAAAGAUUAACUCAGUUGGAACACAGACAAAAAGAUUCAGGUAAGUUUGGAAAAUUCAAAGAACUUACCUUAU